GGGCGGGCGCUGAGUCUCGAGAAGGUCCCGGGUUCGGCCCGAAGAGAAAGGAGCCCGCGGAGGAAUCGAGCUCGGAAUCCCAGCGGCGUUUCGGAGCAGCGGAUUUCCCGAGUGGAGUUUGGGGUUUGGGGAAGAUGUUGCUGUCCAGAUCCAGCGGAAAUGGUUUCUGUACCCUUCAACAAACAUACCGGUUAAGAGACAUGACUUGGAGGAACUGCCUUCCCACUUAUUGGGUGCGGCUUCCGUUCUGUGCCCACAGCACUUGGAAUAAUGCUGGCAGCAGGAGGCGCAGGCUGAUGGUAGCUGCGGGAGCAGGCCUGGGUGUGUCUAGCAUCUUGGUUUAUGGAAAACUCCAUUGGCAGGCAGCCACGGCUGAGCCUCCAACAGCCACACAUAAUGCCUCAUUCCCUCACUUCACCCGAGAAGAAGUGGCCCGCCAUCACAACGAAGCGAAUCGGGUGUGGGUGACUUAUGGCAGUGAAGUUUUUGAUGUCACCGAUUUCUUAGAGCAUCACCCUGGGGGCAAAAGCAAGAUUCUUCUGGCAGCAGGCGGGGCUUUGGAACCCUUUUGGGCGCUCUAUGCCAUGCACCAACAAGAUCAUGUCCGAGAGAUCCUUUGGGAAUAUAAAAUAGGAGAGCUGAGCCCAGAAGAGCCUCCUCUGCCAAGCCCAGAUGACCCUUAUGCCAACGAUCCUCCACGCCACCCCGCCCUCCGAGUCAAUACCCUCAAGCCUUUCAAUGCAGAACCUCCUCCAGAGUUACUGGCAGAAUAUUUUUUGACCCCUAACCAGCUCUUCUUCAAGCGCAACCAUCUCCCAGUGCCAGUUGUGGACCCUGAAGCCUAUCGCCUGUGUAUUCAAAGUCCCUCUGGUCAGAACCUGUUCUUCUCUUUGCAAGAGCUGAAACAGAAUUUUCCAAAAUACGAGGUUACCGCCACCAUACAGUGUGCUGGCAAUCGCCGGGCAGAGUUAAACGCCAUCAAGAAUACCAACCGGCUCGGGUGGAGCGUUGGGGCCAUUAGCAACGCCUGUUGGGGUGGUGCCCGGCUCCGGGAUGUUCUAAUGAAAGCUGGGUAUCAACCAGGGGAUGAGGGCCAUGUCUCCUUUGAGGGCCUGGACACGGAUCAUAGUGGCACUGUAUAUGGAGCCUCCAUCCCUUUUCAGAAAGCCAUGAGUCCGGAUGGGGACGUCCUCUUGGCAUAUGAGAUGAAUGGGGAGGAGCUGCCUCGGGAUCAUGGAUUCCCUCUGAGAGUUAUUGUGCCGGGAGUGGUGGGGGCUCGUAAUGUAAAAUGGCUGGCUCGGAUUACAGUGGGGCCAGAGGAAAGCAAGAACCACUGGCAGCAAAAGGAUUACAAAGGAUUUUCUUCUUCCGUAACCUGGGAGACCGUGGAUUUCUCCAAGGCACCUGCCAUUCAAGAGAUGCCCAUCCAGUCUGCCAUCACUGAGCCAUCUUCUAAGACACCUGUCUCUCCUGGGGAGCUCACGGUGAAGGGCUAUGCCUGGAGUGGUGGGGGCCAGAGGGUGAUCCGUGUAGAUGUCUCCCUGGACGGUGGGAAAAACUGGCAAGAGGCAACGCUAACUGGUGAGGAGCAGCUGCCUGGCCGAGUUUGGGCUUGGAAGCUUUGGCAGCUAGAUGCUUUUGUGCCUCCUGGCACCAAGGAGUUGAACAUUGUCUGCAAGGCUGUGGACACCAGCUACAAUGUACAACCUGAACGUGUGGAACCACUCUGGAACAUUUUGGGAGUACUCAACAGUGCUUGGCAUCGGGUCCGUGUCCCUGUGGCAAAGGAUUGAGAGGACUGACGGCCUAGAAGCAUCUUGGCUUCUUUCUAUAUUUCUGCUGAUGUAGCGACAUUAGCCCCUGUCCCCUGGAGACAAGAAGAAGGGCUGAGUCCUUGAACAGGGGUGACUGUUGGGCUUCUUUCUGGUGACUUCUGGGCUUCUUUCCUCAUUCCCUGUGCAAUUCCUGUGAAUGUAGAAUUUUGGGGCUAAGGCAGGGAUGGGGUGGGCAACUAAGGCCUUUUACAAUUUGUAGGUUUCAACUCACAGAAAUCCUGAGCCAGCCAUGCUGGCUUAGGAAUUCUGGGAAUUGAAGUCCACAUGUUGUAAACGAGCUAUAGUUGCUCACCUCAGUCUAAGGUGUUUAUCUUCUUCUUCUAAGGGUAUGGAGGUCUCAGAACUGUUGAUUGGUCUCCUUCACUUUCUCCUUAACUGAGACUCAUUUUCCUCAGGAAUUUUGGAUUUGGGCUUUUAUACUCUUUAGAAUUCUUUCAGUUGUCAAAAUUACUGAUUUAUUUGUUGGUGGGAGAUCUUUUCUAGGGUUUCCCUCCAAAGAUUAAUUAAUGGUAUUGGAUCACUUGACACUAAACUAAAUAACCCAUCAUUUAAGGAACAUGGCCAUUUUAUUAUCCUGCUUUCUCCAGUGAGAUGCCAACUUUGGCCUUGCCAUAUAAUAUAGGAAAAUUUGAUAUUUCUCCCACCGUAAUACUGGGGAGUAUUGGAAAUUUAGUAUUUUCCUUUAAAGACCUGGGAGCCUUGUCCCACAUCGAGUCUGCCAAUCAGUUCUUGCUGCAUGAACACACCACAGCAACUCUUCUUGUAGGCUAUUAUUCUGGGCAAGUUUUGUGGUCACCUAGAACCCAUAAUAUUGGAGUAAGAAACCUGAUGUUCCCAGUUGCUUUGAUCUGCUCUCAAAAAACACAGACUUGCCUGGCUUAGUGGUUUCCCCUCUGUAUUUCAAAUGUUGGUGUGUUGUAACCUUUGUCAACAUGCCUUCAUUAAGUUUGCUGCUAUAAUUUUAUUUAUUUAGUAAAAAAACUUUAGACAGCUGUCCAACUCACACAGAGAUGACUUCGAGUGACUUAACAAAAGUUUUAAAAAUCCACCAUGUAACAAAACCCACCGCAGCCCCAUGGCAGCAACAAGACAAUCAAAUCAGCCAUUUGAUUGUCUCCAUCUUCCAUUCAUGGUCCUCAGGCCUGCUAACAAAGCAGCAAGCUGGGGAUCACCCAUACCUUUUGGGGAAUAAUGUUCCAUAAAGAAGGGAUCACCAGAGAGAAGGCUCUGUUUUGUGGUCCUAUCAGAUAAUAAUCCCUAAUUGAUGGGACCUCUGACAUGCCCUGCCUUUCUGUUCUAGUGGGCUGGUGUAAUUUCUUGGUUUUUGUUAGUUCACCUCCAGAUUCUUACUGCUGAAGUAAGAGCUAAUUUCUCAUUCUGAACGUAAAAUAAGUUUGGUUGUCCCAGAUAUAAAACUGAAUAGGAUUCUUGAGCCACUGGCAUUCUGGG